UGCUCAGCAUUUUUUAUCUUCUAUUUUGUUGUGGAAGUUCGUUCGCGUUAGACGUGUAUGUAGACCGCUUGUCCCGCGACAUGUCCGUGCAUUAGUUUAUAAUUUGUGUGUGUGAGUUUUAUGAAUGAAAACUUUUUCGGAUAUGUUGGCUGAUUGAUCAACACGAUGGUAGAAUUGGAUUUUUCGUCGACGGGGACUGUCCCCGAAAAUGGUGUCCCCGACAUGACCAGAUUGACUGUCCUAGACGAGGAAGUCAUCAACAAAAACCUGAGGCUACGUUACGAAAAAGACAAAAUAUAUACCUACACCGGCUCAAUAUUGGUCGCAGUGAACCCCUACAAGGCUAUUGACAUCUACAAUCAGGCCUACGUCGACAAAUACAGGGGCCAAAAACUGAGCGACCGCGAACCUCACGUAUUCGCACUAGCCGAAGCUGCAUAUGCGUCUCUUCAAACUGACACACCUGCAUCACCAAACAACCAAAGUUUGGUGAUCAGCGGCGAAAGUGGCGCCGGAAAAACCGAGAACACAAGAUUUAUCUUACAGUACCUAUGUUCGGUCACCACUGGCGUCUCCACGUGGGUCGAGCAACAGAUCUUGGAGGCAAAUACCAUUUUAGAAGCUUUUGGAAACGCAAAAACAGUUCGAAACGACAACUCCAGCCGUUUCGGCAAGUUCAUGCAAGUAUGCUUCGACUCCAGAUGGAUGAUAGCGGGGUGCAUAAUCCAGGAUUACCUGCUGGAACAGUCCCGCCUCACCUUUCAGGGUCCAGGAGAAAGAAACUACCAUGUUUUCUAUCAACUUGUCGAAGGAGCCAAAACGAACAAAGAACUGGCCGAUCAACUACAUUUGAAAGACGCGAAAUUUUAUAAUUAUUUAAAUCAAUCGAAUUGUGUUAAGAUGGAGGGUGAUGCCAGAAAAUUGGAAAGUUUACUGUUGGCUUUUCAAGUACUGCAAGUACCGGCUAAUAUGUGUAAUGGAAUUUUUCAAACACUUGCUGCUAUUUUGUGGUUGGGAAAUUUGGUUUAUGAAGAUGUAGAUGGGGAGAAGUGUAAAUUAACGAAAGAAGAUGAAGAAAUAGCUUUGACAGUAUCAGGUUUACUUGGUUUGGAUAUUGAACAAGUAACCCAAGUUGUCUUAAAAAGGCAAAUCAAUGUCAGAGGUAAUAUUACGGAAAUUCCUCUGAGAGUGCAAGAGGCAAGAGAAAAUCGUCAUGCAAUGGCUAAAGCUCUCUACUCGCGUACUUUUGCAUGGUUAAUACAGCACAUCAAUAAUUGUACGAAUCCAGGGCAGGAUUCUUCCAGGUUUUUAGGGGUUUUGGAUAUAUUUGGUUUUGAAAAUUUUGCCACCAACUCAUUUGAACAACUGUGCAUCAACUAUACCAAUGAGAAGUUGCACAAAUUUUUUAACCAUUACGUCUUUGCUUUGGAACAAGAAAUAUAUGAACAAGAAGGGAUUCAGUACAAUCACAUAGAAUUCACGGAUAAUACGCUUUGUCUUGAGUUACUGGAAAAGGCUCCAAAAUGUGUUCUGAGAUUAUUAUCGGAACAGUGCCAUCUACCGAGAGGUUGUGAUGCCUCUUAUAUUUCGAAUUUACAUUCCGAGUUCGAAUCCCACGAAAGAUACGUUAAAGGUGAAGAUAAAAGACGUUGGGAAACAGAAUUCAGCAUCAGACAUUACGCAGGGGCAGUAACGUACAACGUGAAAGGAUUCGUUGAUAAAAACCGUGACGUACAACAAGACGUAUUCUUCGAUAUUUUAUCCCGAAGCAAAAAUGAAUUUGUGCAAGAAUUAUCCGCCUUCCAAGACUUGAGUAACACAAUCGCAUCGCGCGCUGUUGCCAAUGGCGCUGCAACAGUGUCGAGAGGUACGAGCAAAGGAAAACCGACUGUGUCGGAUGCUUUUAGAUAUCAAUUGCAAGCUCUUGUCGAUGUUCUUCAAAGUACGAAUCCUUGGUAUGCAAGGUGCAUAAAACCUAAUAAGGAUAAAUUACCAAAUGAGUACGAUAAUAGUUUGGUUUUGGAUCAGUUAAAGUAUUUGGGGAUGUUGGAUAUAAUAAGAAUAAGAAAAGAGGGAUUUCCGAUACAUAUGUCCUUCGAAGAUUUUGUUAUACGCUUUCACUGUCUUACCAAAAAUCGUCUCCCACCGGACAUGUCCAAGGCUUGUCGACAAUUAAUAGAAAGCCACAACCUACCAAAAACAGAAUGGCAACUUGGCAAAACCAAAGUCUUUAUACGAUCUCACGUACACGAACCCCUGGAGGACACCAGGAAUAAAAUGUUGAAAUCCAGAGCCAUCUUAAUACAAAAAACGUACAGGAAAUAUACUGCAAGGAGAGAAUUUCUGAAAAUUCGUAAUGCAGCCCUUAAAGUACAACACGCUUAUAGAGGUUGGAAGUCUAGAAUUGAGUUUUUGAGAAAAAGGAGGGCCGCCAUUGUAAUUCAAAGUCAUUUAAGAGGAGUAUUCGCGCGGGAGGUUGCCGCAGCUUUAAGAGAAAUGAGGAGGGUUGAAGAGGAGAUGAGGAAAAGGGAAAAAAUGGAGGAGGAAAGGAAACAAAGGGAGGCUGAGGAAGCUCUUAUCAAGGAGAAGGAGGCCAGGGAGAAAUUGGAAAUCAGUGAAAAGGCUGCGGAACAAGAAAUAGCAGCACUUUCGCACAUGGCUGAACAGCUUAAGCCACGUCUUACAGAGCCAGUGGCAGAGUCUGUAGAUUUGGAUAAUUUGUUUGCAUUUCUGUCGGACGUUCAGCCUCAACCAAAGCCAAACCAAAUUAUCGAAGAAAUCGGCGAGAAAAUGGACGAGCUUGUCGAAGAUUUGGACGUUGAAUUGGAAACAGUCAUACAGCAAGAACUGGAAGGUCUCGCCCAGGAAAAACAAAUACCAACCCCGCCAAAAUUGGCCUUGCCCUCUCUCCCCGAGCCCACGGGACCGCCCCCGCCGCCUCCGCCAGCGUUCGCCAACUCCGUCGAGAGCCCCACGGUUCCGGUUCCGGUCCUGAUACCGGAAGAACAAAUCAACAAGACGAAACCGGACACGGAACCGAUCUACGAGGCGGUGUUGCCGCGAGAGGAGCCGAUGCCCGUUUGCGCGUCGCCGCCCCCGCUACCGGCGCCGCCCAAGAUUUUGUCCGACUCGCCGAAAGCCAGUCCGCCGGUUACUAGAUCUAAUAGUGCAGUGCCUGCAAGUUGGAGAUAUUCGCACCACGAAUCACAAGAAAUACCGAACCCGGAAAGAGAACAACGUCGCAAAUACCGUGUGGAAAAAAAAUUGCAGGAACUCAAAGACCAUACAGAAAAAGAAAACCUCUCCGAGGAAAUAUUACACGACAUGCUGGAGUUUGCCAAUGUGCACUUCAAUCAACAUGAAAGGAGUCCUGAAGGUACAAUAAUGGCGACUUUGACAAGAAAAAGACAGAGUACUGAGAUGAUUCCCAAGUGUGAGAUGGUUUCAUACUAUAAGGGAAAUACGAUUCCAAAUAGUCAUAUACAUAUGUAUGAUCCAGAUAAUGUUAAUGUUGCUUGCAGUAUAUUUAGGGACCUGUCGAAAUACACCCGAGGCGAACUGAACGGCGAGCGCGAACUGCAAGUGAUCCAAUCGAUCAUCGGCUACGCACUCGAACGCGAAGAGCUGCGCGACGAGGUGUUCGUUCAGUGCAUGCGUCAAGCAACAAACAACCCGAGUUCCGAGGGUACGGAAAGAGUGUGGUUGCUCUUGUGUUUAUGCGUGGUGUCUUUUCAGCCCUCGAAGUUGUUGCACAGAUACUUUUUGUCCUUCCUGAAGAAGAAUUUGGUGCAUGGCGGCCGAAUCGCGCAGUAUGUGCAGUGGUGCUUGGAUAACUGUAAUAACACUAAGGUUACGGUCAGGGAGCACCCUCCCUCUGCGGUCGAGGUGGCGGCUAUGAAACGCCUCGGCACAAUCGUGUGCCGCUUCUUCUUCCUGGACGGGCGCACCAAAGCCAUAGACGUGCACCCCACAGACACCGCAGGAGACGCGGCCAGGAAACUGGCCGAACGCCUCAACCUGCGAAAUCUAGACGGCUGGGCCAUCUACCAGAGCCGCCCCGAUGGCGAGGAGCACGUGCGCGCGCAUCACUACCUCUACGACGUCAUUGCUCAAUGGGAAAUGAAUCAAAACAAAUUGGUGGCACCCACAGGUUUAUCAACGUUAGGAAGAAGAAACAAUACAUCUUUAAGCGGAGGAGAAAAUCGUUUUAUUUUUAAACGUAGAUUAUUUAAGUCUAGUCGAGAAUUAAGUCAGGAUCCUGUAGAAGUUAAUCUGCUUUAUGCUCAAGCUGUUUACAGCGUUGUCAAGUGUGACGACUUCCCAGUCACAGAAAAAGUCGCCCUACAACUGGCUGGUCUACAAGCCCAAGUGGCAUUAAGCAACCCGAAAGACAACAACAAGCUGGAGUACUACACAGACAUAGACACAUAUCUCCCCUACAGAAUAAGCAAAACUAGAGGCGAUGACGUAUGGGUGCCCAUUAUAGCACAAGCGCACAAACAGUAUGGCGCAAACCGCACAGAAUUAACCGCUAAAGCUUUGUAUUUAAGCUGCGUCAUGCAGUAUCCUUUAUAUGGUACUACAUUGUAUCAGGUUAGUUAUAGAGGUUACUGGUCGUAUGGCAACGCGUUGAUAAUGGGGGUGAAUAGUGAUGGAAUUAUGUUGAUUAAAAACGACGAUAAGUUUGUUUUGAACGAAUUUAGAUAUCAAGAGGUUGAGAGUAUAUUAUUGGACCCAAGCGAUAGUUUCAUAACUUUAACACUGCAAAGACAUCCCACAGAAAACAGUCAUAAGUGUUAUGUGUUUGAAACGGCGCAGAAGAACGAAAUAGGUUCGUUGAUAGCGAGUUACUGUCCAACUUUAGCGGGGUGGAUGACUGAAAGUGAAGCUCCAGCUAAGAGGGCCAAAGCUAUAACAAACGAGGACAGAGUCAGAUUAUAUCAUAAUUUAGUGAACUGUAGAAGAGCUUUGGUCGAUCAUGAAAUACUGAGGAAACCCACAGACUCGUCCGGAAGCUUUUUAAGGAAUACAUUGAGAAGAUUAAGCAAAAGAAACUUGGAUAAACUUCGUCAAGAGCAUGGAGGUGACGCUGGUGAAACAUACAAAGGUUUUCACUACGCUUUCUGGGCUUUUAGCAGGCAACCAUUGUCCCAGAGUAUCAGUAGAAUGCCUGAAGUUGACGAGCAACCAAUGCUUCAAGUAUUCCAGAUUAUUUUAACCUAUGCAGGGCUGGGACAAAACGGAGAUACAAUAAGGAGAGUUGAGGAUGAACAUGUAGCACUAUUGCAGACUAUUCUAGAAAGAUGUAUGAGGAAAGAAACGCAUUUGUGCGAAUUGUAUUUGCAGUUAAUAAAACAAACUACAGAUCAUCCAGAUCCAAACUCAAGAGUCAACCUGAGACACUGGGCUUUAAUAUCCCUAGCCUGUUCGGUGGUAUUACCACCCAAUAAAGCCAUAAGACGAUACCUAAUCGCGCACUUGAAACGCUGCAGCUCAGACUACGUCACCGAAGAAGGUAAAUACGCGCGCUUUGCGGAAAAAUGUCUUCUAAAAACCCAAGGAACCCGUAGACGCCAAUGGCCACCAUCGCGCGAAGAAAUUUUGUGCACAAUAAACCGCAGACAAGUGUACGCUCGUUUCCACUUCAUGGACGGGAGAUACCAUUCCGUGGAAUUUAAUCCUUCAGCUACUGCCAAAGAUGUCCUCGAAGCUGUCAGAGAUAAAAUCGGUUUAAGUGGAGAUGCGAAAGGGUACGCCAUCUAUGAAGUGCUCGGUAACUCUGAACGCUCCCUGUCGGCGGAAGAGAAAGUUGCCGAUGUGAUGGCCAAAUGGGAGAGGUAUAGGGCAGCCUCAGCUGCAAACCAAACCAAUAACCAAAACACUGUCAAACGUGCUGCCAGACCACAAAAUCACUUUUUCUUGUUCAAAAAACACCUAUUUAUGGAUAACUUUAUUAAUUUAUCUGAUCCUGUGGAAAAAGAAUUAUUAUACCAUCAAGUUUUGCACGAUUUAAGGACCGAUAGAUUCCCUAUAACUGAUAAGGAAGCGAUGAUGUUAACCGCCCUCCAAGCCCAACUAGAACUAGGUGACCUUGAAGAAGUGAUCCAUGAUUACAGGCCAAUAGCUUGUCACUGUCUUCCGGCACGCAUGGUGCCCAGCAUACCGCCAGAGGGCGUCCAGAUGCAUCACCAAUCGCUUAGAGGCAUGACGGCCUCCGAGGCCAAACAGGCCUUCUUGAAUUUAAUACAGAGCUGGCCGUUGCAUAAGGCCACUAUCUUUGAUGUUAUGCAAUCCUUCACUUCGAACUGGCCAAGAGUGCUCUGGUUGGCUGUCGACCAAAAAGGCCUACACCUGCUCGAGCACCGCUCCCGCAACGCUCUGUGCACCUACGAAUACGCCAGCAUACUAAGCUACUCGCCCGCCCUCAACUGCCUCAUGAUAAUCACCGGCUCGGCGCACAAGCAGAGCAAAGUCAUCCUCACCACCGCGCAAGCCUUCCAAAUAUCCACCCUGAUUCGCGAGUACGUGGAAGUUCUGCGCGGGGAAAUUAUCGAGACGCGCAAGAUACUGCCCCCUCCCCAGCAGCAAAGCAGACCUGUCAGCGCGCUGCACGCGAACGCGCCCCUAGUUCCGCCCCAGCCGAGCUAGAAGCGGGUCACUUUCGCCGAUCAACUCGCUUCCGGCUACUAAAAGUCACGGUUACGUAACAAAAUGGGUAUAAUUUGAAUCUGACACAUCACGUUUAAAAGUAAUGUUAGAAGUUUCCAAUUUGAUGUCAAACACUUUUAAACGUCAGUUGACUUUUUGACGUUAAGGUUGUGUAUUUUUACGUAAAUCGUUGCUUUUUAGGGCGAAGCUACUCAAGUGCUGACUUAAUAAAACGUUUUUCUUAUUUCAGUACUUGACUAAUCGGCGAAACUGUAAAAAAUAGUAAAUCAAAUUGUUAUUAUACAAAAAAGAUAUACCAAUUAAUUAUGGUACAAUGCUGAUAUCACCAUACAAUAAUUGUUAUUUUUAAUAUAAUAUAUUAACAUAUUAUGUUUAGUGCGUUUAAUUUGAGAUAAAUCAGGAUAUAUUGAAAUUUAUUUAAGCCAUUGGCUGUUUUGACAUCUAGAAUGUUUGUAGAAUCCAAAAAUAAAAACUUAAGCUGGUAUGAGUUUAGUGUGGGAAAUAUAAAUUUUUUUGAAGAUUUUUUGAUUUUUAGAUAUUUUGAGAAUUUUCAUUCCCAUAUCAAGGAGGUUGUGAAGAAAUAGGCAAUCCAUCUUACGGUGGGCGCCAUAUUGAAUAAUUUAUUCUCUCUUACUUAUUGACAGUCACAAUGGGGUUGGGACAUGCAAUUUUUUGUUUAACAUAUUUGGAAUUUACGCAUUACAUUUUUAACUACGUUUCCCAAACAAUUUUCUAGAACGCUAAAGCGUUUUGAAAACCACAUUAUUUAAAACGAUGACCUUAAAGGGAGAUCGUGACGUCAUGAUUUUAUAACAGAUUUGUCAAGAAUUACAUCUGUUUCUAGCACGGUUUCUAGGUUCCCUGUUUAAAAUACCCCCCCUGCUUAAAAUACCCCAUAGAGACCUAUACAAAAUAAUCUAUCGGGCGCUACCGGAUUCAAUAUUUGCAUUUGUCCAUGGUUUUUUCCGGAUACGGCCCGAUAGAAAAUGUAUAGGAAAUUACCUAUAGGCACACCAUAACUUUAACAUUUUCCCUAUUGAAACCGAUAGCAAAUAACUCAAUGAAGGAUAUAUAGGGAUAUCCCUAUAGAGCAACCAUAAAACAUUUGACAUAAUUUAAUUAAAACCUAUGGGGUCCUAUAGGGGAAAUAGUAUAUUAAAGUACAAGUUGCAGAAGGCCACAUAUUCUCGCACGAAUUCGAAAUUUGGCCUCGAGCGACGAAGGA